GCGAAAGUCUGCGUGUAAUGCAUGCAGUGAGAGAUUGUGCCAACCACUUAACAGAGGUGAACGGCGAAAGAAUAACUUCGAUUUUCUUCACACUUUAUUUUUGAAUUAAGAUUUGUCAGAUUGCAGUUGAAGUAGAAUGCCCUCAAGAAUGGAAACCAAGGCUGUUAUUCCCCAGGACGUGGGAGCAAGACUGAAGGAUCUAGAUCAGGACUUCAAGGAUGGCGACCUGACUGAGAAGGGAUACAUCAAGAAGAAGUGUAAACUGCUCUUUGAACAUCUAACCCAAGACACCCAGGCAAGUUUGAAGGAAUUGGAUCAAGAGCUGAAAGACGAAAGUCUGACAGAGAAAGGAUACUUGUCCAAAGUUAACACUCUGCUCACCAAUGCACUCAAAGAGCCGCCCAACCCAACUGUGAAUGGAAAUGUGACGACCCCACCUGCUGAGAAUGGCCAUUUGGCAAAUGGUAACGGCAGCGUGCACAAUGGCAAUGGCAGCGAUGCCGGCAGGGAUGACUCCACCACCACCAGCCAGUCAGAGGAAGAGAUGGACACUGACUCCCCAGCUGAAGACAAGAAGGUCAAGAAGGGGAUAAAGGCCCGAAGGAGGAAGAGGAAAGUCCUUGGCGAAGAGGAAAAAUCAUCCUCGACCGAGAGUCCCCCAGAAGAUGACAAGUCCACCUCCCAGUCUGGCUCUAUCAAACGAAAGAGGUCACCGAAGGUCGACCCGAAACAGAAGAGCCUCCUCAGCAUGUUUUCCAAAUUACCCGCCAAACGCAAGAGUGAGGAGAUUACAUCCUGCUGCAGUAUGUCUGACGAGAUGCCGGCAAGCACCAGUAGUGGGAGUUCAGAGGUCAAGGAGGAGGUCAGAGGUCAAGAGGAGAAGAGGAUAAAGACGGAGGAUGAUGAGUCUGUCGAAGACGAGACAACUGACACAGACAUCGCAAAACAUGUUAAUGGUGAAGUGAAAGAUGAAUUCCAAGAUGGGCCGAAACUGCGGAAGAGGCCAGAGCCCACAACUCCAGCAAACAUUCCGAAAUCACCUGCAAAGCAAGCUCCACCGCGCUGCAAGGAUUGCCGUCAACUAUUGGACGAUCCUGACCUGAAGAUGUUUCCCGGUGACCCAGAAGAUGCUCGUGAAGAGUUUGUGACCCUCACCGACCCGAGUCUGUCGCUACUUAGCGGGGAUGAACAGGAAGCCAUGGGGUAUGAUGAAAGACUGCAGUUUAAAAUCACAAAUUUCUGUGUUUAUGACAAAAACACGCAUCUUUGCCCCUUUGACUCGGGACUUAUUGAGAAGAACAAGGAGCUAUUCUUCAGUGGUUAUGUCAAGCCGAUCUAUGAUGACAACUCCAGCACUGAGGGCGGUAUUCCUACCAAGGCCAUGGGGCCAAUCAAUGAAUGGUGGACGGCCGGAUUUGAUGGGGGAGAGAAGGCCUUGAUUGGAUUUGGAACAGCCUUUGCCGAGUACAUCUUGAUGGCACCCUCCGAGGCAUACACGCCGUUCUGGAAGGCCAUGCAGGAGAAGAUCUACAUGAGCAAGAUCCUGAUUGAGUUCCUGCAGAACAACCCUGAGGCAGAGUACGAGGACCUCAUCAACCAGAUUGAGACCACCGUGCCUCCAGAGAACUGCAGUAGUUUCACCGAGGACUCGCUUCUGCGUCAUGCUCAGUUUGUUGUUGAACAGGUGGAGAGUUACGACGAAGGAGCAGACGAAGAAGAAACUCUACUCAUCACCACGCCCUGCAUGAGGGAUCUCAUCAAGCUGGCUGGUGUCACCCUGGGAAAGAGACGAGCAGUUCGCAAGGCUGCCCGUAAGCCCAAGGUGGAGAGGAGAGCCAUACGCUCCAUGGCAACCGUCACCCCACUGGUCCGCAACAUCUUUGACAUCUUUUUCAAGGGACAGAUCCAGAAGGAGCAAGGGAACAUCAUCCGCAAGAGGCGAUGCGGCAUUUGUGAGGUGUGUCAGGCUCCCGAUUGCGGCAAAUGCGUGGCCUGCAGGGACAUGAUCAAGUUUGGCGGUACAGGGCGGAGCAAGCAGGCCUGCAUCAGCCGGCGAUGCCCCAACAUGGCCGUCAAAGAAGCCGAGGACAAUGAUGACACUGAGUACGAAGAGGAGGAGAACAUUGUGGACACGCGGCGCCGCGGCCACAAGACGGCCCUGGAGACCAAGAGAAAACAAAGGACCCCUGUGGAUUGGCUGGGUGACCCCAUCAAAGUGGAGGGCUUGCGCAGCUACUACGCCUCAGCCCUCGUCGGUGAAGAGAAAAUCGACGCCGGUGACUGCGUCCUGGUCCAUCCUGAUGACCCUGAACGGCCUCUGUUCAUUGCCAAGGUGGUGUACAUGUACCAAGACAAAGGAGAGGACUUUAUGUUCCAUGCACACUGGUUCAUGUAUGGCUCAGAGACGGUGCUGGGUGAGACCUCAGACCCGUUGGAGCUCUUCCAAGUGGACGAAUGCCAGGACACCUAUCUUGCCUCCGUCAGCUCCAAGUGCAAGGUGAUCUACAAAGAGGCGUCACCCGACUGGUACUCGUUGGGCGGGAUCGAGAAUCCAGAAAAUGAUUCAGUGAUUGAGGAGGACGACCACCGCACCUUCUUUUACCAGAAAUGGUAUGAUCCUGAGCUGGCGCGCUACGAGGAUGUCAAGACGGUGGCGAGGCCCAAGGGGGUCCCCAAACACAGAUUCUGCGCAGUUUGCAUCAGGACUGAGGAAAUCCAGAAGAAAGAAACUCCGCAGGUUGGGGAACAAAUAAAAAACCCAGAUGGAGAUGGCAAAAUAUAUUACAGUUCAUGUUCAUUUCAAGGCAAUGACUACCGCGUCAGUGACAGUGUCUUCCUGAUGCCUGAUGCCUUCUCUUUCAACAUCAAAGCAAAGAUGGGGCCCACCAAGAAGAAUGCCAAGAAAGAAGUGGAUGAGGAGCUCCACCCUGAGUAUUACCGCAAGACCUCAGACUACAUCAAGGGCAACAACCGUGAAUGUCCGGAGCCAUUCCGUAUAGGUCGCAUCGUUGGCAUUUUCACCCGCAAGGGCUCAGACGAGAUCAAGCUGCGAGUACAGAAGUUCUACCGGCCGGAGAACACCCACAAGGGUGCCUCAGCGGGCCAGCAGUCGGAUCUGAACCUGCUUUACUGGAGCAAUGAGGAGGCUACGGUUGACCUGUCGGGGGUUCAGGGCAAGCCGGUGGUCGUCUGCGGCGAUGAUGUUCCAGGAUCCAUCCAGGACUACAGUGAUGGAGGGCAGUAUCGGUUCUACUUCUUGGAGGCUUACAACAGUGAAACCAGACAGUUCGAAGAUCCGCCUCCAGAGGCACGCAACACAAGCAUCAAAGGGAAGGGUAAGGGAAAAGGCAAGGGGAAAGGAAAGAGCAAAUCGUCUGAGGAAACCGUCAAGUCAGAAGAGGAAGAAGAAAUGUGUUUCCAGAAACUUAAAUCGCUGGACGUGUUUGCUGGAUGUGGAGGCUUGUCAGAGGGCUUCCACCAGGCUGGUCUGUGCGAGAGCAAGUGGGCCAUUGAGAUUGAUGAGCCGGCUGCUCAGGCUUACAGACUCAACAAUCCAGGCAGCACGGUGUUCACUGAGGACUGCAAUCUGCUGCUCAGUUUGGUCAUGGAGGGUGAGAAGACCAACGACCGAGGGCAGAAGCUGCCCCAGCGGGAAGAGGUUGACGUGUUGUGCGGUGGUCCGCCCUGCCAGGGAUUCAGCGGCAUGAAUCGCUUUAACUCAAGGGAAUACUCCAAGUUUAAGAACUCACUCAUCUCGUCAUACCUCAGCUAUUGCGAUUAUUACCGGCCCAAGUUUUUCCUUCUCGAGAACGUUCGUAACUUUGUGUCCUACAAGAAGAACAUGGUUCUCAAGCUGGCGCUGAGAUGCCUGGUUCGCAUGGGAUACCAGUGCACCUUUGGUGUGUUGCAAGCCGGUCACUACGGCGUCCCCCAGACACGCCGUCGGGCCAUCAUCCUGGCUGCCGCUCCUGGCCAGAAGCUGCCCCUCUACCCGGAGCCCGACCACGUCUUUGCGCCACGCGCCUGCCAGCUCAGCGUGAUGGUGGACGAGCGCAAGAUCGGCAGCAACAUCUCCUGGCUGGAGUCAGCGCCGUACAGGACCGUCACGGUGCGGGCGGCCAUGUCUGACCUCCCAGAGAUCCACAAUGGCCAGCAGAAACUGGAGAUCUCCUAUGACGGAGAGCCUCAGUCUGCAUUCCAGCGAAAGAUCCGUGGCAACCAGUACCAGCCCAUCCUCAGGGAUCACAUCUGCAAAGAGAUGAGCCAGUUGGUGGCCACCCGAAUGCGGCACAUUCCCUUGGCUCCUGGCUCCGACUGGAGGGACCUGCCCAACAUUCAGAUCACGCUGCCGGAUGGGACUGUCUGUCGCAAGCUGCGUUACACUCACAAAGACAAGAAGAACGGCUACUCCAGCAACGGUGCCCUGCGAGGCGUCUGCUCCUGUGCUGAGGGUGAGAAGUGCGACCCGGCCUAUCGCCAGUUCAACACGCUGAUUCCUUGGUGCCUGCCACAUACUGGUAACCGGCACAACCACUGGGCAGGGCUGUAUGGUCGCCUAGAGUGGGAUGGAUUCUUCAGCACCACAGUGACCAACCCAGAGCCAAUGGGCAAGCAGGGUCGAGUGCUCCACCCUGAGCAACACCGUGUGGUCAGCGUGCGGGAGUGUGCCCGGUCCCAGGGCUUCCCAGACACUUAUCGCUUCUUUGGGACGAUCUUGGAAAAACACCGACAGGUGGGUAAUGCUGUCCCCCCGCCCAUGGCUGCCGCCAUCGGCCGUGAGAUCAAGAAGUGCAUCGUCGCCAAGGCGAGGGAGGACAGGACGGACGCCAGGGGCCAAGAGCAGCCGGCCAAGACCAUGAAGGAGGAAGUGGUCAAGACAGAGGAGGUCCAGAUGAAUUGAUGCGGUCACAGGUUAAAGGUCGCAGGUCACAAAGGGGUAAAAUUCCACAGGGAAUGAAAUCCAAUAGUCUCAUCUUCAGUGUACAACCGGUGAGGUUUUUUCGUGAAUAAGGGCUUACGAAGUUGAACAUGAAUUUUGACGGCAUUGUGUGAUUUUGCAAAGAUUUUUAGACUACCUCAGUUGUGAUGCUGAAAUGAAGCCCUUUACAGAACGGUCAGUUUGGAAUGAGAACCUUUUUAAUGAAGGCUUUCAAACUGGCCGUAGCAGUUCUUGGCACUGUUGAGAACCCCAUUAUACCUGUACAUUCCAUAUCAAAUCUAGAGAAAAUCUUGUGCCCUCUUUUUAACAGAAAAUGCCCACUGAAAUUCUGAUCAUUUCUUCCAAGAAGCCAAAUUUUACUACUUAUUAAAGAUCUAAUUCCUGCUAUGAUGUGACUGUCCCAAACUGCAUCACUGCUAGUUUCAAUGAGCAAAUAAGUUUUGAAUUGUGGAACAUUAUUCAGAUUCAGUAUUUUUUAUAAAGAUUGUUCCUAAUGGCUAUUUGUAAAUAUGCAUAUUUGAAGCUACAUUUUAUCAACAUGUUGUGUCUGUUGUGUGUACUGUGUUAAUUUUGUUCUAAGUAAUCAAAACUUUGUUUUCAGGUUUUCAAAAUACAUGUUUGAAAGGACAAAACAUUUUCAACCAUAAAUGUUUGAUUUUUUUUCCAUAUGCCAUGAUUUUGUAGACGUUCAACCUUGCACAUGAAUUGUUAAUUGUACAUAAAAGUCAAUUUUAGUAUUGUCCCACUUUGUGAAACUGAGCUGUUAUUGUGCUAAUUAACUCUUGCACCAUUUUUUUUAGUUCCGGUAAAAUUUCUCAACUUUAUUUGAAGAAUUUCGUUGUUAUUCUGAAUGAUAACAAUUUUAGAAUACAAGGGAUUUCUGAAUUUUAGAUUGUAGUUCAUUUGUUGUAUUAAGUGAAUUUAGGUAUUAACGCUCGUUUGUGUUGAAUUAACACGAAGUAUUCGUAAUUUUAAUAAAAUGGACUGUGGACUCUUCUGUAUUUUAGAGAA